CCGCUGCCGGAAGCGCCCGCUGGAUCCACGCAGCGCCGCCACCAUCGCCGCCAUGGUCUGGGGACCUCAGGCGCUCGGGGCUGCCCUUCGCGCUGCCUGAGCCACCCGCGCCUCCGGGUCAGACCUGUGCACGGCCUUGACGAGAUGCUGUUGGCUGCAGUCUCAUUGGGUCUCCUGUUGUUGGCCCUCCUCCUGCUCCUGCGACACCUAGGCUGGGGCUUGGUGGCUAUUUGCUGGUUUGAGUGUGUGCAGCAGCCAGUCCGAAACCUGCUCAUGGGUGAUACAAAGGAGCAGCGGAUCCUGCGCCAUGUGCAGCAGCACGCAAAGCCUGGAGACCCCCAGAGCGUCCUGGAGGCCAUUGACACCUACUGCACACAGAAGGAGUGGGCCAUGAAUGUGGGUGACGCAAAAGGCCAAAUCAUGGAUGAAGUGAUUCGGGAGUACAGCCCCUCGCUGGUGCUGGAGCUAGGAGCUUACUGUGGCUACUCAGCCGUGCGAAUGGCCCGCCUGCUGCCACCUGGAGCCAGGCUUCUCACCAUGGAGAUAAACCCUGACUACGUUGCCAUCACCCAGCAAAUGCUGAACUUUGCAGGCCUCCAGGACAAAGUCACCAUCCUCAAUGGGGCAUCCCAGGACCUUAUCCCCCAGCUGAAGAAGAAGUACGACGUGGACACAUUAGACAUGGUCUUUCUUGACCACUGGAAAGACCGCUACCUUCCAGACACACUUCUCUUGGAGGAAUGUGGCCUGCUGCGCAAGGGGACGGUGCUCCUAGCUGACAAUGUCAUUGUCCCAGGAACCCCUGACUUCCUGGCAUAUGUGAGGGGGAGCAGCAGCUUCGAGUGCACACACUACAGCUCAUACCUGGAGUACAUGAAAGUGGUGGACGGCUUGGAGAAGGCAAUCUACCAGGGUCCAAGCAACCCUGUGAAGUCCUGACCACGCAGCCUGCCCCAAGCUUCCCUUCCAGCUUCCUCUGCACGAUGACACACACUCAUUCUGACCCCUCUAUGCUUCUGGGGUCUGUCCUCAGGGGCUGUGGUUCAAGACUGUCAUACACUGGCACAUUCUAAAGGUAGUGAGCUCACUAUGCAAACCACUACAAUAACCCUGCAAAGCACCUGUGCAUUAAAGGCUGCACUGAUGCCAGAGGUGCAAUAGAUCACUGGGCCUCAAGGUGAAUCUUCUGAACCCAAGAACAAAAAGGGAGAUUCUUUUAAAAAUCAAAGCAGGUGUCAUCCAGAUGGUCUCACUAACUGGAAGAGGAGAUUUUCACAGGGUUUCAGUGUGGGAUCCCUAGGUACUGCCAUCACCCAUUAGGCCCAGCAAGAAGUCAGGAAAUUGAACAUAUCCAGAUACCAUUUGGCUGUCACCAAAUGGCAGCAACAACUCAGAGAGAGUCCUGUCACCAGCAUAUAUCACAUUUCAUCUUAAGAAUGAGUCACAAACUUCUCAGGUGUGAUGGCACACGCCUUUAAUCCCAGAAUCCAGGAGGCAGAGGCAGAUGGAUCUGAGUUCAAUGCCAGCCUGGUCUACAUAGUGAGUUCCAAGACAGCCAGGGCUACACAGAAAUACUUUGGAAAAAAAAAAAAGUCAUAACCUCUUUUAUAUUAUAAAAGAAAUUAAAGACCUACAUAUUUGGAUACAAGAAAUUCACUGAAUUAUUCUUUUCAGCUACCACACUGGCUCUUACUUGAUGCAGAACAGCCUUUGUACCCAUCUCUGACUAAGCAGGCAUGGGGCCACAUAGCUGUGGGGCCAGUGCUCUCUACGCAUAGGUGACACUCUGGGAGAAACAGUCUCUCCAGUUCUACUUCCUAGCUUACAGAAGGGGAAGUGGAUUCAUACUACUGAGGCGCGUCUGCCAGAUACCCAGAUUCUGAGGAAGUGUCAGCCCAAGCUUAAGAGCUGCCCCAGCCCCCACCUCACUCAAGAGGCUCCUCAAGGCCCCAUUUCCUAGACUAGACACAAAGAUCAGCUCCAUCUUGUCUGAUCCCACAUAUGGCCAUCAGUCAGCCAGCACACCCCUCCUGGGUGAGAGUGCCAACAGGAGCCAUGGCAGACAGCAGUAGGAAGUGCCUGCAGCCAGGGGCAGAGCCCAACCCCUAUACCCUUGCAACCCCCUCCCCACACACACUCACACUGCAACGGGACUUGGGGGAGCUGUAUCAUCACAGGGGUGGGGGGGUGCAUGGGGAGGCAGUUGUGGCUCAGCUAACGCGGGGGUGGGGGUGGGGGGGUGCCCUCUCCUGGUGAGCCAAGGCAGAAGACAGGCAGUUCUUUGCUGCUUUUUUAAUCUUUAAAUUUUCUUACAAAAA